GUGCUUACACAGAAACUGGAUUUCAUUUUAGGUAUUAGAAAUUUCACAUGAAUGUUAUCGACCACAGAGUGAACAUUCAGAUCGUGUGAAACGACAAAACCAUGGAGCGCUUGUUAAGAAACUUUGUGAUGUUAAUCUUGUUUACAUGUUAUGGUUCAGCUGAAGACCUUGUGUGUGAUUUUGACAAUUCAAGUUGUUCCUUUCUAAGGAAUGAUCCUGAAAACUUCGAGAAUUGGAAGUUUGGAAGAGGUCAACUAAACUCCGCUGGUGAAGGACCAUCAGUGGACCACACGUUUGGGACAGAUCAAGGUAACUAUUUGUAUGUGAACGGAAGUGCAGCCAAAGCGAAAGGUGUCAUAUUACAAACAAAUAUGUUGGACCAUGGAUACGUCUGCGUCAGCUUCUUUUACCACAUGUACAGCGCAGGCAACGGAAGGCUGACUGUCUACACUCAUAAUCUUUCCAAUGGUUACGAUAAAGUCUAUUUCAUUCGCAGGAAGACGCAAGGUGAUCGCUGGGAGAAAACAGAGUUCAGCGUUUCAAUCGAAUUAAACACAAAUAUCAUUUUAAUUUUCGAAGCAAAAUAUGAAUCUUCGUUUGAAGUCGGAGGGAUCAUAGCUUUGGAUGAUAUAAGGUUGGACCGACGUAAAUGCCUAAAUUUUUUAUGGUGUGAUUGCACUUUUGAGGAAUCUAACUGUACCUACAGUGCUCUGCGUACAGGAUCUUUGGUGUGGGAGAGGAAAGAUUCGAAACAGACUGGUUAUUUAUUGAGCGUUUUACCACGUGUUGACCAUACUUUAGGAACAUCAAGUGGUAAGUUUUGCCUUUAA